GUGAUCGGAAUACGUAUACGAUAUAUUUUGCAUACGUGACACGAUUCUACCUAAGCGAGCUGCUUAUACAACGUAUCGCAGAAUGGGAAACAUUCAAGCUCUCUUAUUGGCAGACUCAGCUGACAUUAAACCGAGAUAGCAGCUGUUAGAUUAAUUUUUUAUUGGCGUUGAUGACGUAGUGUGAAUUCUUGCUACGGACGAUAGUAUCGUUUAUUUCCUAUAACGUGCGGAUCUAUUUCUGUUCCCGCUUCUGGUUAUAUUAGAUUUAUUAGCAGAUUAUAGCAAACAUGGUAUCAUCGACGGCAAUGGGAAAUAACAAAGCCAGUUCUCCCGCAAAACCGUGCGCGGUCGGUAUCGGUUCGGGCAAUUAUCAACUAGUCGGAUGGGACAUGGACACGACCGGCAAAAAAGUUAUAGACGAAAUAUGCCAAAUAGCUGUGUACACCCCUACUUGUUCCUAUUCUCAGUAUGUAAUGCCAUAUAAGAAUCUUAAUCCUCCAGCAAUGAAGAGACACAACAUGAGAGUUGUAACAAUGGGAAAGUUUCGCGUACUUAAAGACAGUAAAACUAAUAAGGUAUUAAAGAGCAAGAGUGAAAUCUCUUCGUUAACCGAUUUUCUUACUUGGCUGGAGACUAUCAGAGGCGAUGCAAAGGAUGGAAUAAUAUUAGUCUACCAUGAACCCCGUAAAGUUAUCCCUGCGAUGCUACUUGAAUCCUUAAAAAAGUAUAAUCUUUUGGAGAAAUUUAAAGAAACUGUAAAAGGAUUUGUGAAUGGAUUCAAUGUUGCAGAAGCAAAAUGUGAGAACACUGUUCGUUCCUAUUCUCUCAGGACAUUGUCGAGAGCUUUACUCAAUCAAGAAAAGGAGUUGGAUAAUGCGAAAGAUAGAGCAUGUCUAGCUUUGCAAAUAGUUCAGCAUUUGAGUUCGUUAGAACCAGCAAAUGGAACCGAAGCGAAUGGCAGUGGCGAUGGUGAUAGUACUGCGAAGAAAACUGUAGAAUUUAUUCGAGAGUACGUUCAACCGGUGGAAGUCGAAGAACGCGAGUACGCAGAACUGAAAAUAGUAUUCGAACGUCAAAAUAGUUUGAGACCUAUUUUUGGAGUCCUAUUCCGUGAGAAUCGACGGGAACGUCAACAUGCCAGUCCUCUGCGAAGACUACUUGCCGAAGCGGGAAUAGAAUAUUCCCAAUUACAAGAAGCUUGGAGCAAUGGGAAGAGAGAAGGCCUGGAGGAAUUAAUCAAAGAUAAAUUAACAACAGCGGAAGACAGGAAGAUAAAGGAUCUGCUGAUUGUUCUCGAAGGUCACUUUGACCCAGACAAGAAACCUAAAUCAAGGGUAUCACAGGAGAGAAAUGAAAUGAAAAUGAAGCAUUCAAAAAUCAGAUAUGACAAAGAAAACAAUAAUAAGAGUGACUCUAGUACUGAAACCUCGGACACAAUUAAUUGUAGUUCACCGCUCAACGGGAAGUCGGAGUCUGAGAAUAGUACAAUUAUAGCGGAAGAAUAAUAUAGUUGCAUCUUUCGGUACUCUUAAUUAAUUAUCAAUAUAAUCGAUACUGUUAUCAGUAAUCGAGCUUCAAGUCAUUCCGUUUAUUAUAAUUAUUAUUAUUAAUAUUACGAUAGCGUUGUUCGUGCGUGAUAAAGUAUAAGUGUUAUUUGUUGCAGUAUUGUAUUUAAGUUUUAUUUUUGUUAUAAGUAUAUAUAUUAUAUCCGUAUGGGAUAUAGAACUUGACUUAUUUAACAAACGCACAAAUGUACAAAUAAUACAGCGAUUACUUUUAGUUUUGUGAUAACGAAGAGGUUUAAUCAUUUUUCUUUUGUUUAACGAUUAAUUCUACGCUCAUUAUAUUUUAUUUAAUCAGAUCGGAACUGAAGAAACUUAUCUGCAAUACUUUUUCUUUCAUUAUUCUGAGAUUAGCAUAUGUUUUUUACUUAUUAUUAGCUCGCGUACAAAGCGCAUCAUGAUAUUAAAUAAUAUAUAUUUUUGUACCGCAAAGUUUAUCUAAACGAGUGAUGCGCUUGUUACAUUUUGCAGAGUUGCAAUAAUUUAAUAAAAACAUAAAAUUCUA